AUGGGGUUUUCACUUUUAAAUUUCACUGGUGAUCCAUUUGCCAUUUCCACUGUUUCAUUUGGUAUUAUGUCAUGGGUAGUAGCUAUAGCUGGAGCGGCAUCAUCUAAACAACAAACAUUCCCACAUUUUAGUUGGUGGGGGAUAAGUUAUCAAAUUGUUAUAAUUCUUAUAAUAUUUGUUUUAUAUGCCAAUAAUAAUAUUGAAUUAUAUAAAUUUACAUUAGUUGGAUUAGUAUCAAUUGCAUUUAUUUAUACUACAAAUUCAACUAAUAAUUUAAUUUAUAAUUCAAAUUCUCCUGGAAAUCUUUGUUGUGCUGCUGGUUGUAUAUUAUUAAGUAUUUUAAAUUUGAUUUGGAUUUUAUAUUUUGGAGGACAUCCUGAAUCACCAACUAAUCAAUUUAUUGAUUCUUUUAGUAUAAGAGGUCAAGGUCAUGAACAAUUAGGUUCUGGAUCUCAUAAUCAUAAUCAUAAUCUCAAUAAUGCUAAUACUAACACUAAUACUAAUAUGCCUCUUGGAGGUGGUAAUGGUAUUAUUGGUAAGAGUGAAUUAUCUCCUUAUGAUGAUAGAUUUGCUUCACCAAUUAAUAUUUCUGGAGGAACAAAUCAACCAACAUCAGAAAGUUUACGUCUUGCAAGUGUUGGACAAAUGGGUAAUGGACCAUUUUCAAAUACUACUGGUAAUCCUAAUUUACAACAACCAUUAACAGGUUCUUUUGGUGGAUCAACUAAUCAUACACCUACUAAUGCCAAUACUAAUACUAAUACUACUACUACUAAUAAUAAUAAUAAUAAUACUGGAUAUAUGACAUCAUCUCAUUUAACAGGAUUAGAAAAUUUCAGUUCACCAAAUGUACCAAAUAAUGGAAUUGGAUUAACAAGAGAUUUAACUCAUAAUAGUAAUAGUCUUAAUAAUAAUAGUCAUAAUGGAGCCACUGGUAGUAUCAAUAAUUCCAAUAAUACUAAUAAACGUAAUACAAUAUAUACUGAUUCAGAAACUGGUACGGGGAUAACAUUUAGAUAUAAAGCUAAAGCUUUAUAUAGUUAUGAUGCUAAUCCUGAUGAUAUAAAUGAAAUAUCAUUUGUUAAAGAUGAAAUUUUAGAAGUUGAUGAUAUUGAUGGUAAAUGGUGGCAAGCAAGAAGAGCAAAUGGUCAAGUUGGUAUUUGUCCUUCAAAUUAUGUUAAAUUAUUAGAUACUUGA